GAUUUUGCUCCAAAGCUGACUGUAGUGCAAGCACUUCAUCGUGCCUGUCUCUGAAAUAGACAAGUUAGUACAGGAAAUCCACGGAGGGGACUGGCGUAGCAGACAGCUUCUGGGAAAGGACCUCCCUCAGCCCACUGCAUGGAAUCCACUUACACGGUAAAACAAUGACACCUCGUGUCAUAGAUAUGUAAAUGCUGCUUUGACCAAUUGGAAAAGUAUGAGGGAAUCGCUCAUUUAUCAUUUCCACUUCUGUAUGUGUAGAGCCUCUGUUGAUCUGGGAAUAAACAGAUGAUCGAGGAGGGCGGGGGGAUGAGAACCAGUUUUUACUUUCGGCAUUUUUUACGUGAAGGCGUGACAUUUAUGCCUGAAGCUGCAAUUGACAGACAUAUUUAAAGAUGUGCUGCAUCCUUGGGAAUAAUCACUGCUCCACUCGUCAAGUUAAAGUGAAGAUUUCCUCAUACAUUGACCUGCUGGUAAUUUAAAGCAACAAUAAUUGAAAAGGGAGAAUGAAGCCCAUAUUUGCACCAAAUAGGAACAACAAAAAUAGUGCCAUCUAGUGGAUGGACCAUUUUUCAGAGAAUAUGACUUUUCUUUUUUCCACUCAUGCUCAGUGGUUGGGUGAAACCAUUUAUUGUCGAACGACUGUGCUUUCUCUUUUUUAAAUCAUUAUGACUACAGAAACUACCCAAAUGACCCUGAUCAAAAGUUCACAUACACUGGUGAUUUUGGCCUGAUAACAUGCACAGAAGUUGACACAAAUGGGUUUGAAUGGUUUGAAAAGGUAACCAUUCUCACCUGUGAUCUGUUUGCUUGUAAUGUGUGUGUAUAACAGCUGAGUGAGUUUCUGGGAUCCAGACAGACUCUUGCAUCUUUCAUCCAGCCACUGACAUUUCUGGAUUCUGAGUCAUGGGGAAAGCAGAAGAAUUGUCAAUGGAUCUACGGGAAAAGGUAGUUGAACUGUAUAAAACAGGAAAGGGAUACAAAAAGAUAUCCAAGGAAUUGCUAAUGCCAACUGACUGUGAUUAACAAAUGGAAAAUCAGGGGCUCUGUUAAAACCAAACCACCGUCAGGUAGACCAACAAAAAUUUCGUCCACAACUGCCAGGAAAACUGGUCGGGAUGCAAAGAAAAACCCACAAAUAACAUCUGCUGAAAUACAGGACUCUCUGAAAACUAACGGUGUGGCUGUUUCAAGAUGCACAAUAAGGAGGCACUUGAACAAAAAUGGGCUGCAUGGUCGAGCCGCCAGAAGAAAGCCAUUACUGUGCAAAUGACACAAAGUAUGUCGCCUACAAUACACUAAACAGCACAGAGACAAGCCUUAAACUUCUGGAACAAGGUCAUUUGGAGUGAUGAGACCAAAAUUGAACUUUUUGGCCACAACCAUAAACUUUUCAUUUGGAGAGGUGUCAACAAGGCCUAUGAUGAAAGGAACACAAUUCCUACUGUAAAGCACGGAGGUGAAUCACUGAUGUUUUGGGGAUGUGUGAGCUACAAAGGCACAGGAAACUUGGUACUACUGGAGAAUACUGGAAAAAACUGGAGGAAAAUUUGCACUCAUCAGCCCGGAAGCUGCACAGGGGACGUACUUGGACGUUCCAACAUGACAAUGAUCCAAAACACAAGGCCAAAUCGACCUGUCAUUGGCUACAGCAGAACAGAGUGAAGGUUCUAGAGUGGCCAUUUCAGUGUCCUGAUCGCAAUAUCAUUGAGCCACUCUGGGGAGAUCUGAAGUGCGCAGUUCAUGCAGGACAGCCCAGGAAUUUAUAGGAACUGGAGGCUUUUUGCCAAGAGAGAUGAGCAGCUUCACCAUCUGAGAAAAUAAAGAGCCUCAUCCACAACUACCACAAAAGACUUCAAGUUGUCAUUGAUGUUAGACGGGGCAAUACACGGUAUUAAGAACUGGGGUAUGUAAACUUUUGAUCAGGGUCAUUUGGGUGUAUUUUGUUGUCAUUAUGAUUUAAAAAUAGAAAACACAGUUGUUUAUCAAUCAUCAUAGGCCUUGUUGACACCUCUCCCAACCACUGUCCAUGAGUUGAAAAAGAGUUUUUGUGUUAUCAUUCAUAUUGUCUGAAAAAAGGCCAAGAAAGCAAAAAUUGUGACGGGGUAUGUAAACUUUUGAGCACAACUGUAAUUAGAAUUUAUGUCUUGUAGUGUCCAGAGAGAAAUGGCACACUCUGGUGGUGAUGGUGGUGGUGGUGGGGACAAAAGUUAAAUGUCAGCAGAGCUCUGGGUUCCCUUUAGCAAAUGGGGUUGAAUCCUCAAAAUGCACCAUUCAUUCAUUCAGUAAUGAAUAAUUGGAUCGUUAAAUGUUAUCAAUGUUAUUCAUUCAUUGAAAACAAAAGUAAAAUCUACAGUCUGUGUGAAUAUUUAACCUAAAAAAAUACAAAGACCAUCAUUUUACAGGUUUACACUCAUCCAUUUCACUCACAGUUCACACAUUCACUGAUCAAAAACAGGAAAUGGUUGAGGCUCUUGAAACUGGCUCUUGUGUGUCUGUGAUGGCACUUUAAGGAGGUGUUUUGGAGCCAAAGCAGCUAGUUCUUUCUGAGCCUGAUGAUCUAAAGAUUCAAAGAGCAAAAGAGCCUGAAUUCCUUUCCCUGUAAGGCUGUUCACCUGAGAAAGAAUGAGAAUGAAACCCUGCUCUUACAUGGCAAGAUGGAUCACACACAACUUAAGCACGAUCAUACAACCUUUGUAGAUUUGAAGUAAUUUAAGAUUACUUAUUUGUUUAUUUUGAUGUGCUGAGUUUGGAUCAAAUCUUUAACUAUUUAAACUUUUGGAACUCCACUGUGUUUAUCAGUGUUACGUCAACCACCAACCAAUCAGAAUCAAGAAGAGAUUGGACUUCUGAUUACAUCUCUCUCAGCAAUAAUGGUGGGAGAGAAAGUGAUAAUAGUUGUUUUAUCAAGGUAGGCUAGAGCUUUCAGAUACUGAGCUGCUACCAAUACUAUUGCACUAUUUUUAUCAAUUGUUGUUAGUUUUUCUUUGUAAAAAAAAAAAAAAACAUUAAGUGAAAGAAAAUAUGAAGCAUACAGCACAAUAAACAGGCUUAACAGUCACAAGCCCUGAGGGACUUAGCAACAGUAAACGGCAGAGAAAAGCGCUCUGAGAAUGAAUUCAUGGGCCCUGACAGCGCAACAUAACGCCUUUGUGGACAAACCCCCAGAACCACAGAAAAGCAAUGUGAAAGUAGGUGACAUGAUCUCUCAGGCAACACGAUCUCUUUGAAGCUUGUGUUUUGAAUUUAUUGUACAUCAGUGUCAUUUGAUACUCCAUAACACAUAAGAGUAUAAUAGUGUUGUUUUGGUGUUUUGACAAACAAGUGGUUCUUUUAAUAGUUUUGAUUAGGAGUUUUGAGAAAGCUAAGCCAUGGUUUCUGUGGAAGUUUUAGAAAAAUUAAGAGAUGUUUUUAAAAACUCCUGAUUUUUUUUAAGAACAAUGAAACAGACAGAAAUCUGUAUUCAUUUAUUUUCAUGAUCUUCAAAAGCAAACAAGACCAGCGAGGAAAAGAAUUUUGAUCUUUUUUUGUGUGUGAUUGUUGAUGUCUGAAACUGGUGCCAUGGGGUGGGUGUCAGUGGAGCUGCUGAAGAAACAGCCCUAUUUUAACAAUUCAACAUAAGUCUUUACCAAAAAUUACACAUUUGGCCAUCAAAAGUCAGCAGGAUGGGAUGUUUUCUAUAAAGACACAUUUCAAGCAUGCUGAGGACAAGAUUGAGCAAAGACUAAAACGCCCACAGAGGGCGCCAAAACUGACACAAACCAAGUUUUUCACAGAAGCUUUUACCUGAAACCAUGGCAAAAAAUGUUGCUUCACAAAACUAAUAAUAGUAAAAAUAUAAAUAAUUAAAUUAACUUUCCUUUACACUUAAAGUUUCUGUGUUUUUUUACUGUUGUUGUUGUUGUGUUUGUCAAUUUUAGUGACCCCAAAGACAAAGCAGUCUUUGCUUAGCUUGUCAUCUACAUUUGUCAGGAGUUUGAUAAAAUUGUCAUCCUGCUUAUUUUUUAACAAUUCUGAAGGAGGAUAAGGGCCAAUGAAAAAGUUUUUUUUAAUUAAUGUCAUUGUCAUUAUUUUCUAUUGACCCUUAUCCUUUUCCAUCAGUAGGCAAUUUCUUUAGCUGUUGAGCUAACAUCUACCCCCCCUCACGCUUUCCCUAAGGCUUUCAAAUUUAAAAAAAAAAAAAAAAAAUCAUCAACCUUGUCUCUAAUUUUUUUUUUCUUCUUUCGUUUAUCAUACAAAGCUUCAGAGUGAAUUUAAGUCAAUUUCAUGAACCUUAAUAAAAUUCUCACAGGAGCUUUGACAUAGUUAUCAGUGUAGUGUCACGAGUGUACAGAGAGAGAAUCAACACAGCACAAUUGAAGGCCUAUGUUUUAAAACAGGAGGCAGCAGUUUAAUGUCUGCAGCAUCUGUUUAGAGUUUCAAACUCUAUUUCCUUUGUAACUCUUACAUAACUUUUACAGAAGGAUUUCAGGUACUACAAGUACAAGCACAAGCAGUACAUUUUAAUUUCACACUUGCAGGACAGUUGGCCUCUACAUUUAGAGGUGAGCUAUGAGCUCACUCUGCAGAGCACUUGAGCUUCAAGGAAAUGAGGGAGAUAUGAUCACUAAUUCUGUGUUUUGUCUUGACCACAAAUGUAGCUGAGUCGAUGGUAAAAGAUACUGUGGCUGACUGUCUCUGCUGUUGGUAUACAGUUCAUUUUAGUCAAGAUAGAAAAGUUUGUCAACUGCUGACCCAGUGAGUGUGCUGCAGGAGCAGGUCUUAGGUCUGUUGUCAUUAAAACCCACCAUAAAAGCUCCAUUGCUAACAUUAACAUGACUGGUUAAUAAUACAAAUUUAAACUAAGAUAUCAGGGGACAAAGAGAUAUCUGUGAAUUUGAGGAUUUUCCGAACCUGCUGACCAAAAAACCCAAGUUCUUUAGACAGAGGUGUUUUUUUUUUGUUUUUGUUUUUUUGUUUUUUUUUUUAAACAUUUUUUAAAUGUUUUAAGGCUUGUUAAUAUAGGAAACCAACUUUUUAAAAAGUGAAUGAAUACCAGAGGACUGAGAUACAGGUUCAAUAAGUGAAAACAAACAAGAGGAUUAAGCUGUACUGGAAGGAUGAGCGAGAUCAUUUCUGUGCAAAAUGAUUUGAAAUAGUUGAGAAGAUUCUUUGAAUACGCUUACUUAAAAAGACACAACCUACACGUGUCUUAGUCAUGAAGGAGAAGUCAUUUCAGGGUAUAUAAAAAGAACAACCAGUUGAUUAAUCGUUCAUCAGUGCCUGAACCACAAACACCCUCAUGCUGUGAAACUAAUUCAUCUAUAGCGACCACAUGACACCCAUACCUCCCAUUUCAGCUCCUCUGUUCCUCUGCUAUGAGUCAAACUGAUACAACAGUACAAAACCAGAUCAGUAUAACUUCAUGACUCACCACUUUAACAGCUUAUAUUCUGCUUUUUUAAAAUGAAGGAAAACACCACGAUACAGUCAAAUUAUUCAAGAAAUGCGUUUAAACAAUGACACAUGACCUUCAAUCAAAGUUAGACUGAGUGUAGUCAGAUGAUGUUUUCACGCUGGAUGUCUCCUAUGUUACCCCUCACUCAGAGAUAAGAUUCUGGUUUUCAUAGAUGCACUAAAGCAGAUCUGCUCUUUAUUUUCAGUUUGACCUGAUUGCGUCACAGUGGAAAUCUGUUUCAGAGCAUAAGACCAACCCUGAGUGGGCAGGUCUCUUCUCUAACCUAAUAUCUCUUCAGGCAUGAUUGUGUGAGCUCAGAGACACACACUCACAGACCCACUCUCAUAUUCACAGGUAUGGAAUAAACUGAGAAGACUUGACGGAAGAGUUACCAGAAACAAGUGAGUGAGUCUGUUUUUUACCCAAAUGUUCACUGAUACCUGCAGUUUGAGCAGCAUGGAGGUCUAUAUCUGUGUGAAAUACUUGCACUGACGACAGCGUGUGAGUGAAAAAGUCAUGCCUCGGCUUCUUCUCUCUCAUGCACAAUAGUCUCACUGUUGUGAUGAACAGACUAACUGGGGAAAAAUGCAUGAUACUGUUGUAUUAAUGUGCUUCUAUAGUCCAAUAUCUGCAAGAGUCCGAAGUUGUUUUCCUGAAGUUUUGUCUACUUCACUCAGAUCUGUAAUGGACUCUAGACUUUUUUUCUCUAAUCACAUGUUUACUGUCUAGUUUUUCUAUAUCUUUGUGGUGAAAUUAGCUCUGUACUGGAACACUUCUCUUCUCCUUUCUGUGUCAUUUUGACAGAGUAUGACUGCAACAAUUGUACCCCACAUGGUUGCGUAAUUAGCUUUUGUGUCACAGGGCUGUUUCUUAAGUGUUUCCACAGCCUGCGGAUGCUGAUUUUCCUCAAACUGGAUUACUUCUGAGGCACAGGACCCAAAUAGAAAUGUGUCACCUCUCACUGUGGGUCAUUAGGUUAAUAAAUUUAGAGAGAGAGAGAGAGAGAGAGAGAGAGAGAGAGAGAGAGAGAUACACCUCUUUUCCUGUGAAACCUUUGAUUCUUUUACACAUCGGACCCUUUUUUGAACUCACAUUAUUAAGUAGCUAUCAAAAAUAAAACAAGAAAAGGUCAAUAAAAGAGGUCGGACAAUCAAACGGACAGUAUGAGGCUCUUCAAGAAUAGGACAGUGAAGGAAGAGUCAGGCACAGCUCACUGAUAAAAAUAUGUUUGGAGAGAUUUUAUCAUAGAGUCUUCUGACUUGAUUACUUCAAACAGCUUGUUUCAGAGUUUCAGGGCCUCCUUUUCAGCUGAGCCUCAAGACUAACCCAUAACCCUGACCUGAGGAUCUGGUUAAACAAGAGGUCAGAUAUGUAGCAUAGAAAAAAGGUCAUAAACAGUUUCAAAGGUCAGUGUCAUAGCCCAGGUAAAAGAGCUGACCAAAAGAGCUUACUGGGUUGUCUCAGUGCAGUCACCAUUAAACCCUAAACCAUCCAUUCUCCAUUUACAGGUGAUCUAAGAGCUGCUCACUAUGGAGCCAAAGGCAUCAGUGACGUCCCCCCAGGACAGGCCGAGACCUCGGUGGAGUGUGGGCUCAGGCUCGGAUCUGCGAUAUGGCUCUUUCAUGAACAGCCUUUCAUCACUCACAUCACAGCCUCCAGAGAAACAGACUAUAUCUCCAAAACGGGCCAAGAUAGCUGUGACUGUGCUCUGCUACAUCAACUUGCUCAACUACAUGGAGAGAUACACAAUCGCAGGUCAGAUAAGAACCCCUGUGCAUGUGAUCCCUAUCAAGCAAAAUCAUGAGCUCCUAUUUAUUUUUGUUUAAAUGACAUAUGUGUUUUUCUUCGUCAUGUAGGUGUCCUGCUCAACCUGCAGAAAUUCUUUGAUAUAAGUGAUAGUACAGCUGCACUGCUGCAAACAGGUAGGACUGACAGACACUCAACACCAACUCUUUGCUCCUGUAGGGAGUUUUUUGAAGUCUAUGAAAUACUCUGAAACUUCAAAUUCUACUGCAAGACUUGACAAUAUUUUUUAGUAGCAAGCAAGCCUAACGUACUGUUCCUGUGUGCUACUAAAAAAUGUAGUUUAACUACUGAUUUAUUCUACUAAUAUACUCAUGUAUAUUAGUCUUUGGGGAUAGUGUUAGGAGCAUGUGAGUGUUUUAUGGUUUAACAUUCACAUAUCCUGUAUGUAACAUGUCUCCAUUUUAGUCCAUGUUAAACUUCAACCAACUUUAUGUACCCAAGCUGCACUUGAGCUGCAGAGUGCUGCCUGUUUUUAAAGGCAUUAAAUAGACACUUUCACACUCAUAGUACACAUGUGUGUUUGGCACUUCUCGGUUCUAAAUUAAUCAGAGGUAUGUGUGUAGAUACCCGCUGUUUUUGCACACUUAGAAAAAAACAGAAAUUUUGUGGUAGCACUUGGCAGAAAUUUUGUGGUAGCACUUGUCAGUGCAGAAAUACCCACUGCAAAAAGAAGGGUAUUUCAAGACUCAAGACAACUUUAUCAAUCCCACCAGGGGCAAUUGAGUUGAGCAGCUUGCAUACUGUCAUAUUACAGAAACACAAGUGCAGAGAAAGAUACAUCGGGUAUAAGACAGACUGGAUGAAAUACAAAAUGCAGAGGAGUACAGCGGAAUCAAAGAUCAAUAAAAUGAGUGAAAACAUGGAUUACUAAGAAUACUGGCCAAUAAACUGUACGUGUAAAAAGUAUAAAAUCAUUUUAAAGAAUUUAAAAGAUGAGUAGCAGAGUGAAUAAAAGACUUCAGAAAAUGAUUAGUCUUACAGACAGGUGAGACAUAGUGAUGACAACCUUAGGGCGACAGAAAAAUUCACUAGCCAGUAUUUGUGAAUCAAAAUAUCCAUGUAACCCACAUUCAGCUGAAAAAGCCAAAUAUUCUUCUUGUAACUGAGGUAUGACAAGAAAGUUUUAGGGAUUAGAAAUUAUUUUUUAUAAAUUCAAAUAGCUACUUGUCAAGUACCUUUAAAUAAGAUUGUUUUACUUGUUACAUCAGCAGCUAUUUUUUACUAAUAACAACAAGCUCAGGUUUAAUGUUUGCAUGAAAUAUCUGGAAAUAAAAUAUUAUAUCUGUUUCAGUUUGAUGAGCAUGGAUCAUAUUAAAAAUCAAAAUCAGACAAAUACUGUGUAACAGUUUUUUCUUAGUGCAGGAAUUAUAUUAGAAUUCCUCUUGUUUGCAGUUUUUUUCCCUCCUAAAUUCAGAUUUGUAUUUAUAUAUAUUAAAAAAACAACUGAUUUUAUAUUACAUAUUAAAGUUUUUACAGUCUUUAUCUGCAGUUUUUUACUCCUGGCUCCCCUCUUUGGUUACCUUGGUGACCGCUACAACCGGAAGUACAUCAUGAUUGGUGGACUGUGUGUCUGGCUUGUGACCGCAGCAGGCAGCUCUUUGGUCACUGAGUCGGUAAGUGAGAAAUAGACAUGUUUACACACACUUACCCAGUAUGAAGACAAAAAAUGUCACUUCCUUCUGCCUGUAGUAAGACACUCUUCCUCUUUUUUUUUUAAACCCAACUGUGCUCUCACUAUAAAUGAAAAUUCCUUCCUGUGUCAUAAGAGACAUACUUUGUUCUGGUUACUUAUCCUUUGAAACAUGCAUAUACAGCAUAUGAUUAAGAAUAUACAAUAAGAGUUAAUGUUACUGCACAUUUUGUCAGUGAGCCCAAUGAAGACCCCCACCGCAGUGAAAAAAAAUUAACUCUACUAUUCCUUUUAGGGUAACAACCAAAAUAAAUGUGCAUCCAGAUAAAGUUUCCCUGGCAAUAACAAUGGAGGACUAUUUGUUAAACCUCACCUGUUGUCUUUUUCUCUUUAGUUCUUCUGGCUUCUGAUGCUGCUGCGAGCGAUGGUCGGGGUUGGAGAGGCCAGUUACUCCACUAUUGCUCCCACCAUCAUUGGGGACCUCUUCACUGGGGCUCAACGGAGCAUAGUGAUCUGUGUCUUCUACAUCUUUAUCCCUAUUGGAAGGUAAACCACACUAGUAAUGAUUAUUUCAUAUUUUGAUUAUACAAAAAAAUGCAGAUUUAUGGGGAUCUGUCUGAAGAAAUAGUUUGUAAAUGGUGCAUUAAAUGCUGGAAUAAGGAUUUGAGGGUCAACUGCAUUGAAAAAACAGGCGAUGACUCUGAACAACUAAACCAUGAAAAAUACAAUAUUUUACAAUUGCUCAAACAGGAAAUGUCAUUCUCAGAACCAAAUGGUUAAUGAUGUAAACUCAUGUACUGAUCACUCUUCUGGCUAAACCUUCAACACUUUCCUCCAGUCACAACACACUUUGCAGAUCUCAUUCACAGCUUUUGUAGACCCCUAAAUUCAAUCUUACAAACUAAAACAUGAUUCCAACAUAUCAAGUCACUGAUAUCACAGUGAAAAAAACAAGAUCCAACACUGCAAACAGUUGUUGCCAAUGAUCUAAUAACACCAACAUAAUCCAGUAUAGAGUGCAUGAUCUUUAAUCUGUCAUCAACAACAGAUGAAGACAAUCUGCAGCAGUAGCUCAGGAGGUUGAGUGGUUGUCCAAUAACUGGAAGGUUGGUGGUUCGACCCCCCCCACCCCACCCCCCCCACCCCACCCCCACCCCCCCAAUCCAUCCCUAUAGUCUGUCCGUUGUGUCCUUAGGCAAGACACCUAACCCACUUUGUUCCCAGUGAGUGUCAGAGAGAGGUGGUGUGUCUGUGUUUACCAUCUUUGCAGGGCGCUGCAUGUGUGUAUACUUUCCAUGAAGCAGACACACCACUAAUAGUAAUGAUGAUUUAAACCGAUGAGGGUCUGGUUUGAGUACUACAUUGUUGUGACUUGGUGCAGAAAAUCUUUGAAACACAGGUGGAGAUGACAGUGUGCAGAAGUAUGUUUUGACUGUCAUCUUCACUCCUAUGCAUCUGUCCAGCAGUGCAAAAGUUUAACCUUUGAACAUUUCUUUUGUUCAAUUGUAACUGUUACUGUCCAAUCUAGUGUAAUGAACUUUACUUACUUAUUAUUGUUUCAAAAAUAUUUAACUGUCUGUGCCGCUGAAGCAAUCCCUUGAUUGCUGUUAUGUUGUAUUUAAUGCCAGCUCUGUAGUGCUUUUGUUUCAUUAUUGCUGUGUGUAUGAUACAGUGAUGAAAAUGGUUUGAUAUGAUUGAGUAUAAAAUGGGGUUUUGUGUUCACAGUUAGCAGAAAAGUGUGAAUGGUUUCAAAGAAUGUGACUGAGCAAAGCUGUGAAUGGUAGCGAUCCACAUGUCCGACAUGAGUGUGUGUGUGAUUCUUUACAUUCUUUUGUUGACCUUGAUUUUGUCACAUUUUACAGUCAUCCCGAUUGUAUCACUCUGUACUUUCAGUGGUCUCGGUUACAUCACAGGAGCAGGGAUUGCCACCCUGACAGGAGAUUGGCGCUGGGCCCUCAGGGUGAGAACAUUUUCAAGGAUAUUCAAAGUGAAUGUCAGCUGAGAAUUUGCAUGUAUUUUCACUCUUGAUCAUGUUGUCAGAUCACUCCCAUCAUGGGUGUGCUGGGACUGGUGUUGCUGGUCUUCUUUUGCCCCAACCCUCCCAGGGGUGCUGCUGAAACCCAAGGAGGCAGAGUCACAGGGCAGAGCACUUACAUGGAGGAUAUCAAGUAUCUGCUGAAAAAGUAAGACAUUGAAACUAAACAUGGACUUACUCUAAGGCCAUGAGCAUAUAUAUGUAUGUAUAUAAAUAAAGAUAUGGAUAUAUAUUUGGAAUGAAUGAUUUCUGCACAACAAACUGCUUCUUUGUAUAGGUUUUAACCAUUAAACAGGUGGGUUAUAUUAAAUCCAACGUAUCUAGAUAAGACAGAAGGACUGGACAGGGGCAAUCAUCACAAAUGCUGGCAUGUUUAGUACACGCUUUAUAAGGAUUUAUUUACUGUUAUAUAGGUGGGUGACAUAUUCUGACUUUCUUUCUGACUCUCAAGCUUUGAAGUAAAUUUCUGAUUUCUUGCUAAAAUAAACUUUUUAUCACUUUGACUAACGUUUGCCUUGUUAGCAAAACAAAAGCGACUGUUUACGGUUAAUUAAUGCACCCCUCAUACAUGAAAAAUUAGGUUGUACAGUUUCAGUGGUGUAAUCAUCAUAGACAUCACACUUUCAUGCUUCCUUAGUGUUGGAGUGGAUGUUGAGCACUACAUAUCAAUAUUGUUAUUGUGCUAAAAAUUAGCAGCACAGUAAUACUGUGAGUUCAGAGGUGGUCCUUGAUGCUGGUUGCUUCACAUGAAAUACCAGGGAAGAGAUGGAGCAGCAGCAGACUGUCUGUGAACUAGCAUGAAUCAGCUCUCUAAGAGAUUAAUCAGCACUUUAAAAAACUGAAAAGUCAUGAUUUCUGGAGCUUGUGUCUCUUUGAGAUACUAUUGAAUCUCUAUAUUUUCAGACUGUUGGUCUGUUUCAAUUCAGUUGGGUAUCUCACUUACAGGAAUUAGCUUGUUCUCCAAAAUAAAAGCAUGCUUUUAAAAAUGGGAAAAAUAAAGGGACAAAAUUAACAAAACAAAAGCAUGCCAAGAAACAGUUGUACAACGUCUACUCUGAAAGAUGUCUUAGUUACACUGCCAGUGAUGUUGACAAAUCAUAGAUUUCAACAUAAUUAGAAACAGAUGACAACAUGUAAGUUAUCUGUGUUUAUUGACAAAUACCGUAGACUUUUAAUGUUUCUUAACAUAUACAUAUAUCAUGUUGUUUUACCCUUUUCUUGCCUGUCUCAGUUUUACCUACUGUGUAUGUGUUAAGUAUCACUUUCCCAUGAAUAUCACAAGAACAUUGCUCUUGUCAAUGCUGGUUAUAACAGCCCCAGUUUGAACUCCUGCUUCACAGCCCCCAUGGUUUUUCAGUGUAUAACAUUGAGCAUGAAUGAACCUUUUGUCAUCCUUAUUUGUACGAUCGUCACACAAAUUACAGAUAUGAAGGCAACUAAGGACUCAGGCCCCCUUAGGUGGUCUUCACUGUAAACGCUUGUUUUCUCUAUCAGGAUGGGGAAAUAAAAGGUUCAUUCUACAAUUAGCAGCAAAUCAUCCACUGAGUAAGAGUGUAAGCAAUGGCCAGUCUGGUCUUGUUUGUCACUGUUAACUUAUUUCAGUAACAUAUUUCGGUUAUGUAGACAGGAAGUGACUGUUUUGCCUCCAGCUAAGCCCCGCCCCUAAAUUUUUUUCCAUCCUGUUGAGGAUUUCUGAAAGGAUUUAUACAAAACCUGAUGGUGACAGCAGCUGAAACAAUGGCCUCCUAAGUUUAUUGUUCAGACUUUGACAUUCAAAUAGUUUACACUGAGUUAUUAAAGUUAAUGGAAUAAUGAAAUCAAAUUAACUUAUCUUCAUCUGUGUGUGUGUGUGUGUGUGUGCGUGUGUGUGUGUGUGUGUGUGUGUGUGUGUGUGUGUGUGUGUGUGUGUGCGUGUGCGUGUGUGUGUGUGUGUGUGUGUGUGCGUGCGUGCGUGUGUGACUCUAACACCAGUAAAAGUUAUGUGUGGUCAACACUGGGUGUGACAGCUACUGCCUUCCUCACUGGAGCCCUGGCUUUCUGGAUGCCCACUUAUCUGUCCAGAGCCCAGAUUGCCCAGAAACUCAGACUUCCAUGUGAGCAAGAGCCCUGCAAUGCCACAGACAGGUACUGCAUGACCUUUGACCUUUAGCAUGUUUUAUUUACCCAAUAUUCUUAAAUUCAUCUCAGAGUUUAACCGAGUUGUCUGCCUGUGCCCCUUGUUCAUUAUACAGUUAUAUCUUUGGAGCUGUGACGGUGGUGACGGGUAUUCUGGGAGGAUGUCUUGGCACUGGUAUGUCCAGAUGGUUCAGGGACAAGGUGCCAAAUGUUGACCCUAUCAUCUGUGCGGUGGGCCUGCUGGGAGCUGCCCCCUGCCUCUUUGUUGUCAUCUUUGUGGCAUCAACAAGCAUCCCCACAACUUACGUAAGAGGCAAACCUCUAUAUGAACUCUGGGUGUUUUAUGUACAGCUUUACACUGUCUGAUGGACCAACAUGGCCAUCAGAUAGUCUAACAUCUAACUCUCCAAAACUGUUGUGUUAUCGAAAUCUUAUGGUGUGAUAAAAGCAUAGUAACAAAUCCACAGCACAGUGUUUAUUGCAAAAGAAAAGUAAUAAAUUGAACAUAUUUGAGGGAGAUUAUGGUCCAAGUUCUUAAACAAAGGGGUCGUUUUCCAGGCACAUCAUCUUUCACAGAGAUUUCCAUUGAAAUUAAUUGAUUUCUGGAUAACUCGCCUCCAUACACAUAUGUAUGUAGAAGUGAGAUGUGAGUCUCUGGGAAGCUGAAGUCUUCGCUUUUUUUUGUAGAGAGAUGCUUGUCGAGUUUAACCAAUGUAUUGUUGUUUUGGUAAUUCUCAACUGCAAUGUGUUUACUAACCCUCCGAAUCCUUUGUUGUUGACCACAAAAAAAGCACCUGUCAGUAUUUGGCUUUCAAUUCAGUGACACAUCUUCAGAUUUUUUUUCUCCUAACAUCUUCUCAAAUCUUUACAGCGUGAUGAUUUCCUGAGUGGUUUUUCUUAAUACUCGUAUCCCCUCAUGUGUAGCUCCCCACAGUCCAAUGGUCCAGGCUGUUUUUGUUUGUCCAUCACUUUUUUCUUUUUCCUCAUUUCUUGCCUCUGCACAUCAAUUUUAAAAGCCGUUUGAAUAUCCACACUGUCUAAAAACUGUCUUUGAGGCCUUGGCUACCACUGGUAGUCAUUUUUGCUGAGGCAGCAGAGAGCAGAGGAUGAUGGUCUCUGUAGUGCCCUCUGCACAUCACUGAAACAAAACUACACUUUGGGCCAAGAGGACACUUUGAAUCAUUAGUCAUUUGUUCCUGUUUGUCUUGUCAAAAACAGAAGAUGAUUUAAUCUUAAUGUCCCUUUGCUUUUACUGUGUAUUACUGUAUUGUGUAUUGAGCUGUUGUUAUGAGUCUAUACAGAAUACAGUGAUAUAAGGGGGACAAGAAGGGAACUGCCAGCUAAUAAAAUGUCUUAGAAGGUUACACAGAGAAGUAACAGCAGUUCAUACUGGAGCAUGAUAAUCACUUAAAGCAUCGGCUAUCAUGCCCUAUUAUUAGAAUGCAAACAAGUAAAGAUGGCAGAUAAAGCUGGUAGCAUGGCACGCUCAAUUUUAUUGACACAGAACAUGAAGAUCAAGUUGUAUGUAGGCUGUGUUCAGUUAAACUGGCAUUUAAUCACUUGACUACAGCAAAGUGUGACCAGCACAAGAGCGUGAACCUCAACCAAUACGGAGCAAACUCCUUAUUUAGAUAAAGAAAUAAGACUUUGGGAUCCAGUGAUCAGCUAAAGGAAUAGAUCCACUCUAUUUUGAAUGCUUCCUUAACUCUACAUGAGUUAGAUGAAUAAAAUUUCAGUUUAAAGACAAAAAAGCUAUUUUAGAGCAUCCCUAGUUUUUACUCUGAUACUUAUCUACUUGUUUACUUUACUUGAUGUUGCUUAAAUGUCUCAUUUCAGGUAUUCAUUUUCUUAGGUGAAGUGCUGAUAUCUCUGAACUGGGCGGUCAUGGCCGACAUACUGCUGGUGAGUUUAACUGAAGCUCCUGUGAUUCACCGUGAAACUAUUUUUUAAAGCCUGGUGAACAAGUGGUCUUUGUUUUUUGUGUGUGUUUCAGUAUGUUGUUGUGCCAACCAGACGGUCCACCGCUGAAGCUCUUCAGAUUACAGUCGGUCAUCUUCUCGGUGAUGCAGGGAGUCCUUACCUCGUAGGAGCGGUGAGAAAUUAUAUGAUGCUAAAAAGGGAUUUGUUCCUCUGGCUUAACUGAACUGGACUGGACUUUCAAAAUACAAGUCAACAUAUUAGUCCAAUUGAGACAACUUGAAACAAAGACACAAGACGAAUGAGGACAGAAAGGAACGAAGGCUCAGCUUAAAUACACACAGGGAGUGGAGAUAACGAGACACAGGUGGACCACAUUAGGGCAAUUAGGGAGCAGAGGCACAAGGCCAGGAAGUCAAGAGACCUAAAACAAGAGACACAGGUAAGUUUCAAAAUAAAACAGGAACGACAAAAGAAGAAACACGAGGAAGGGUAAAUAAAUUAACUAAACCAAAGCCAUGACAUUACUUCGCUCUAUUGUACACAAAUGUGCAGAAAAACUGCAGAAAAAAUUUGUAAAGAAGUCAAUGGGACAAGCCAAAUAAAAGGGCAAUUAGAGUUUUUCAAACAUAGUUCUCUGGGAUAGUAUCACCUACAGACUCCAUUUAAACUUCAAAACCAAACACAAGUCUUGUCUAUUGGUGAAUUAAUCCAUGUUUCAAUAGGUAUUGUAGUUUUUGAUCACUCACUGUUCAAUGACUAUGAUCAUUUUGGGAGAAAUUUUGAGAUUAUAAUUGGUGUGUAUAGCAUGGAGUCUUCAUGCCAGAGUGGGUGACAUCUUUGGCUAGAGUGAGAGAAGUUGCAGAAAAUCGCCUAAAACUUUCUCUUUCCACACUCCUCCUUGCCAGAAAUCACACUCCACAUGCAUGUAUUUUUUCCCACAGUUAGACACACUUGUUCUGUCUCUAAAGAUGUGUUCAUCUAAGCAAAGAGACAUACUCUGCUCCUCAUUGAUGCUAGUACAAAGUUUUUUCUGAGAGAAAUAGAAGGGACUCCUGUUUAAUAUCUACUUAACUUUGCAUGUAAAAAUGUAUACUGAUCUAAGCGUUAUCGUGUUUUUACACCCCAUCUUUAGGUUUCUGAUGCUAUUAGCAGAUCUAAACCUACAAGUCCCACCUGGAGCUUCCGCAGUCUGCAGUACAGCCUGCUGGUCUGUCCAUUUGUUGGAGCUCUAGGUGGACUGUUUUUCUUCAUGGCUGCUCUUUACAUCAACGAGGACAGGAAGGCCGCUCAAAGACUGGUUGAAGGUAUAGAAAUUGAUAGAUACACUCCUUUUAGUUCACUGUAUUUUUAACCAAAUGAGAAAGAUUCGAGUUCUAGUGCUGCAUGCCAAAAUCAAAAAAAUCUGAGAGUUUUGAAUUUUAACUAUUUGGUGUGGGUUUUUAAAUUGAGGACACACUGGUGCAUCAUUAAGUCCUCCUCAUGAUGUUCAUAAUGCUGGUGUGUGCAUCCUUGCCUGAAUAAUAGCUCUUUAUUUAAGUAUCUUACUACAACAGUCCCUCUGCAGUUUAGUUUAAUUCUUCAUUAUCUGCAGACAUGCUCUGGAAACACAGCAGCUCUUUCUGGGGUCUCUGAGGCAGAUAAGGGAAACCUCUAAUAAAGACAACGUGGUUUAUUGUUUGACCCCAUUUCUCUUAAAACUGUUGGAUUGUUAAUUGGUGUGUGAGACGGCUACACUAGACCAUUCAUUGCAUGAAAGUAUAACUAUACCAAAUACACUCCAGAUUUUUUAUGCCCUUUUCGUUGAUGGGCCCUAAAAAUGAUGGCACUUUGUUGGUUUCAUUAAGUUUAUUCCACUUAUCCUUGACAAAAAUGUACUUUUGAAUAUUUCUUAUUUUCUUAUUCCAUGCUUUGACAUAAAGAUUCAAACAUGUUUCUUUGUUUGUGUUUGUUUGAGCAGAAGACUCUUCACCACAGCAGGGUCCUUCAUCAGAACCGUCUGUGGAGCUGAGCACACAUAACAAAUGAGUGUUGAAGUUUGUCAUGUAAAUUAUUUAUGUAUAAAUGUUUAAAGUUAAAUUAAGAACUACUGCUGUUGUUCUUGGUGACUUAGAAAUAGAGGUUUUUUGACAUUGCAGGGAGAAAAUCAAGGCGGAUACAAAGACACCUCUACCAUUAAGCGCCUUCAUUAAACAUGUUCAUAUCUAUACUGAGGAGAGAAAAAGCAUUAAACCAGCAGUCUUUGCACAAGCUAGGGAUCAGAAAUGUCUCUCAAAGAACACAUAUGUCUGUACAAACAGUUGUCUCCUUCAGUCAGAGCUGUAAAAAUGAAGUGCACAGUAAAAACAAAUACUAAUGUUCACAUUUCCAGACAAGAAAGACGAUGUUCAGAACCUUUUUUUUUUUUUUUUAUGUGCAGUAGUAUUAUUUUAAAUCUGAGGCAUUAUGUGUAUAUAGAAUAAAAGUCAAAGCUAUUUCUGACUGAAACUGUUUUUUGAUUGUUACAAUAAAGUUAUUAGUAAAAAUAA